AUGAGUGCCCCUGCUUAUAUGAAAAGAGGCAGCGUUCCUUUGCAGGAUUCGGGCGCCGCAAUGGCCAACUCGAACCCGAUGUCGGCGUUUGGCCAGCCAGUAAACCCCUACAUCACAUUCACGGCCGCCUCUCCCAACGCUCACCAGAAUCCCCAACUGCCCAUGCCGGCGAGGAAAAGAAUCUGGGUCAAACGUCCAGGGGGCAACGCCACGACACUGUUUGUUGGUCCUGGAGACCUUGUGGACGACGUCAAGUCUCAAAUAAUGCUCAAAUUCCCUACGACACUGGCACAGCAGUUCGACCCAUCAGAGCUCAUCUUGAAACUGGAGAUCCCGUCCGUUUCGUCUCCGUCCGCCGCCGCCUUUAGUGUUCCGCCGAGCCACCCUCAACGAGACCCCACGUUCCAGAGCUCUCCGCUAACGGCCCAGAACGCCACGUUUGCGCCAAAAACCAUCAUGAGCCGCUCCAGCAGCACCAACUUACAAGGCAACAAAAUGUCGAAAAUGAGGCCUCACGCGGCUGCCGGGGAGAAUCCCUCGCACCACGCGCACCCGGUGUCGCCGAUUCCUGUGUCCGCAUCCAAAUCGUCGCUGUUGAACCACAACGAGGUCUCGGCAACAGACAGGGUGCCCGAAACGACUCACAGACCGUCGCCCCUGGGCCAUACCAGGGCCCAUGCCAAACCGAGAAUUACCACCAUAGUGCUCGAGCCCGAUGCUUUCAUCUGGAAAAUAGUGGACCAGUACUUCCCGUCCGGAAUGAAGCUCGAGGACUCGUUUAUUAUCGACACGCCAUAUCCGGUAGCCGAAAAAAGACCUAGUGCCAAGACCACAUUCCCGCAGGCGGCCGAAACGAGUUUUUUCAACCAGACCAGUGCAGGAGCCUCAUUCAAUUCGGAAGUGAAAGACGCUGCAAACGCUCCGCCUUUCUAUAGUGGCUCGCUCACAGGUCGGUCUAAUCCAACUAAAACGCCCCAGGACGCCGUUUUUACAGACAACAACUACUCAGGAAAGGUAGCUGUACUGGGCGAACAGGGCCUGCCUCCUCCAAGAGAGUUUACGAGGCUAGGACGCAACUCUGUCCAGGACCAAAAUCAGUCUUCCUCCACAGUGAUACUCUUUCCAAAGGGCACAAGAACGGGCAGUAAAUCGCCUGCCUCGCAAUAUUCCAACCACGCCUCGACUCCUGGAAGAACGCCGACAUUCGAGGAGAACCACGCCGCUGACGAGACCAAUAAGGCCUCUGCGACUCCAGAAAGCGCUUCGUCGUCUUCGAAGCACUCAAUUUUGCUGAAACACGGGCCAAAAAAGGAGGAGGUGGCCUCAGCCUUGCGUCUGAAACAGCAGCCAAAGCCAGGAAUUAAUAAGAUCCUGACCAACAUCAAUGUGCUGGUUGUGGAGGACAAUCUGGUGAAUCAGAAAAUUUUGGCUAGACACCUAAAAUCCUGCAAUGUUCAGUUCAAGAUCGCCAGCAACGGAGAAGAAGGCUUGCAGCUGUGGAAGGAAGGAGGUUUCCAUCUUUGCUUCAUGGAUAUCCAGCUGCCUGUGAUAUCGGGGAUCCAGGUGACGGAGGAAAUUAGACGGCUGGAACGGCUCAACAGGAUUGGGAAUUUUGCCAACUUGUCUCUUCCAACGGAGCAGGAAGAGCUGAAGCCUGCUGAUCAACUCGACCAUGAGCUGUUCCGUUCGCCUAUCAUCAUUGUGGCGUUGACUGCGUCGACCUCUGCGGCCGAUAAGCAACAGGCUCUGGCAGCUGGCUGCAACGAUUAUUUGACAAAGCCUGUGCAGCUGAAGUGGCUCCGGAACAAACUCACGGAAUGGGGGUGCAUGCAAGCGCUGAUCAAUUACGACCAUUUCAGAAACGGCAAGGAUUAA